AUGGAUUCCCCGGAGAGCACUGUCCCCGCACCCGCCGCCCUCAGCGCCACCGUCGCCUCUCCUUCUGGUGUCCAGGUUUUUUCUUUUUUUUUGCUUUUUUGCUCUGUUCUCUUUACCACAUCCUCGCGUUCUUUGAUCCUUUAGUUCCCCCGCAUUGUUGCUUCUUUGUCUGUUCAGUGUUACUCCGGCGCCCUAUAACUAUUUUUCCUAUUUUUUCCCUUUCCCGUAUGUGAUUUGGUUCCCUUUCCUGUUCGUUGUCACCUUUUCUUUGUUUCUCUGAGAAGUUUCGUCGUUGUGUCUAUUUUCCUUCUUGAGCUGUUCAUGAUCAGGCUCGCUUUUUAGGUUUUUUUAAUUCUAGGGGAAUACAUCUAUAUCUGAGGGACAUUCAGGAUGUUCAUCCCUAUAAUAAAGAAGGGUGUUUAUGCCCGUAAUAUUAUGCUUAUUUAGGGAUAAUGGGUGGGGGAAGUUUGACGAGUCAUAUGUUGUCUCGAUUUUAUUUUUUUGAUUUUUUUGAUUUUUACUAUUUUUAUUGUCAACACUUUAAUCGGCUUAUACAAAAUAAAUACCCGUUGUUGUUAAGGUGAUAAAUCGAUUCAUGGUGGUGAGCUAUUGCCUUCACUUAGGUAUCAAGGCAUGUUCUUAAGGAAAAUCCAAAGCAUAUUGGUGAGCUAUUUGCUUCUCAAGGUAUCGAGACAUGCUAUGCUCUAAAGAGACAUCUAUAUCUAAAAGAAAUAAUUUUUAAGUUAUAAUAUAAAAUUUAAAUCUUUUUUUCUAUACCAACUUUAUCUCAGGCCAACUUGAUACAUUGACGUCCAUAAACGUUUUAUUCAUAUGAAUCGAAAAACAAGAAAUGUUCAUAUUCUUUACUUAAAUAAUUUCAAGCACUUGAUCGUUUAUUUGGUAUAAUAAGGAAACUUGCUUCAGAUAUUACACGGCCUUUUAUCUUGGGGAAAACUUCGUGUUUAGAUGUCUUACAUAAAUGUUUUCCCCCAUAUUUGUUCAUAUCUCACAAUCCUAGUUCCUUUCUUGUAGAGUGAUAACUUCAAUGAUGCUAAUAAAGAUAGUUAUUUGCGUUGACCACGUUAGGUUAUUGAGCUUAACGAUGAGAUCUGGUGUGUUGUCAUUAAAUACAUGUGAUGUAAUUUUACCAGCAUUCUUUGAUUUACUAAUAACUUUACCUUAUUAUAAACAUCUGAAAAUGAUUAUUUGAGGAUGGCAUGCCAAUGUUAAUUUUCUCUGAGCAACAUUCCUGAUAUGACACUUGCAGAAAAAUCGAGGUUUACAAAAAGAUGCUAAGCCUACUGGCUAAUUUGACUUGAUAUGUGAUCAAUAUGUCUGCCUUUUUGUCUAUGCUGUUGCCUAUGUGAUACCUUGACAACGAAUUUUAUGGCUUCAAUCUCACAAAAAUAAUGUUUAGGAUAUUUGGACAUCAAAAUUUCUUUUCAUUGGUUUUUGUGGCCUGUUUUACCUCUCCACAUUAAUCUGGGAUUUCUUUCUUGCUGGUAAUGAUGAUGAUGCUGUUGCUGUUGCUGUUAGUCUUGAUCUUACUUUGCAAUGCAGGUUUCUAACCUUGGCGUUUUGUCAUUUAGGAGUCACCCUUUUUUACUUAUGUUAGCAAUUUGUCACCGAUAAAGCUGACAAGUGAUGUGUGUGCUCCCUCUGCAAUUCGGGAGCUUAGCUUUCCGUCUCCAUCACCUGUAUUCAGAUCACCACACGUUAAUCCAGUACGGAAGGAUAAAUUUUUGAAAAGGUGAUGUCCAUACCGGCAUUAUUUUCAUCUGAUUGAUAAUCACCUUUUCCUUUGAGAAUCAGCAUCUGCUUAUUUAUGCAUUGUCUGUGCAGAUCUCAGCAUCUGUCUCCUGAUUCAGGGAAGUUUUCUCUAGGAUAUACUGGUAAUAUUAGGGAGAUCUUAGAGAAGACAUCUCACUAUGGAGGUGACACCUCUCAGUCAAUCAUGGUUCCUUGCACGAUGAGCACUAAUUGUGAACAUCCCACCCGACUUCUGUCUUGCAGCAGUCCAUCAGAUUGCGUUGAUGAAUUUUUCGCAGAUCCAGUUGAAGAUUCUGUCAAUUCCUCAGCUUUAUCGAAUCCUUGCUUGGAUCAGGCCAUUGAAUUAGGUCUGCCUUCUCAGGGUGGAUUUGGUAGUCCUAACAAAACUCCUAAAGUUGAACCUGUUCAAUUUCAAGGCUGUAAUUCUUCAGGCUAUAUCAAUGAGAUCCUCUCUUAUCAAGAAGGAGACAGAAAAACAAACGAUUAUUUUGAUAAGUUUCCAGCUCAUUAUCCUCCACAAGUUGUAGAAGUUGUCAGUAAUAGCAGUACAGAGGCAAGCAAGAAGUUUUAUCCUCAGGUUGGGAAUAUUAAGAAUGGUGAACUUGAGAGUGUGGAAUCGCCAACAAUGGUAUGUCAAGCAGAAGAAAAUCCAGAACUGGACAUCCCACUUAUACAAAUGAACUGUGAUCAGGACAAAGAUUCGAUAAAUGUUGCUGAUGAUUGUUGUGAAAAUAAUGAUAGACAAUUGAGUCCUUGCACUAAACUGGUGGCCCAGACUGCCAUGAAGUAUAAUCCCUCCAAGGUCCUUGCUUCUGAUUUGCAUGGUUUCCAGCUCACGGAGGGCCAUACUGCUAAUUCUGAUAUUUCUGUGGUGCCAGAGAGCGUGGAAGAUGAUUCAGAGUUUAGCAAAAAGGAAAAAUCUACCAUUCCCCUGGACUGCUCUAAUGAUGCUGAUGUUUUAACUGAAAGGGAUCAGAGUAUGGAAUGGGACAGUAACUCGCAGGUACAACCAAAAUCGUUGGAGGUUGCUCUUCCGGAUGAAAGCCAGCAAUGCAACUCCACAUCUCUCUGUAGUUCAUCCAUCAAAAUUGGAGUUUCCAAUGAACAAGCGUGUUUGUCUUCAAAGCCACAAUGGGUAUGUGUUUGUUAACAGCAGUCCUGCAUUGAUUAUUGAACUGGAUGUUCCAAUAACUCUGACAUGGUAUCAAAGCCAAUAGUUAUUCCGAUGAUGAACACACCUACGAUAUUGUCUACUUGAAAUAGCUCCAAGUCGGCUUGCUCAUGGAGGGGCGUUUUAAGAAUUCUCCUCUGUUGAUUAUUAGAAAAGUAAACUUAUUAUUAUAAAGAUGGGCUUAAUCUACUCAUUGCUAAUUCCUUUGGAGCUGGAUGGCCCAAUACCUCUUACAGAUUUGUGACCUCUCAUCUCUUCAUGAAAAAAAACUAUCUAUUGACGUGGGGCAUAUUUCAUGGAAAGAAGUCUGAGGGAAAAGAGAAAUGUAAAACUAAUAAGCGCACAAGCAAAUCAUUACUUGAGGAUCAUGUUCCUAGACUCCUUGAUUAGAUGUGAAUAGUAUUCUAUUUAGAAAAAUAUAGAAUUUUUUUAUCAAAAUGGACAAAAUGCCUCUGGAGGAAUAAAUAGAAGAGCUACUUGGUUCCCUGCAAUCAAAAGCAUCUUCACCCAGAUUUGUCUUAAUUUGUUGUCUUCCUCAAUUGAAGCACUAUCAAUGUAAGAAGGAUGCGACUUUUUUUAGGACAACUUGGCCUCUUCUCCAAUGCUGGUUCAACUUGUUCCUUUUUGUGGCUUUGGUGUGUGAGGUCUCUCUUUGCAAUCCAUAUACACCCUAGAUGAAUAAAUACAUACGGGUUGUUUGGGGGUAGCAUAGGACCUCUGUCCCAAAUUAUGCAUCACUGGAAAAAGUCCUGAAGCACUCUAUAUUGCGGCAUAUUGAUGUCCAUUUUACAUUGCAAGAAACGUUGUGGUUUCUUACCUGGUAUAAUAUCAAUUCAUAAUGAAUAUAGCCAGGUCACUUGACACAGCCUUACUGCAGAUGAUGUUUUGCAUGGAGUAACCUCCAUUAUUCAACUGAUUGGCCAACAAACCUUCAAACUUAUUCCAGGUCGUUCCUAGUCUUUGGCAUAUGACAAUAUGGUCCUGAGUUUUUUGAUUGAUUAUGGAAAAGAAAAUUCGAGCUGGUUGGUACCACAGUGGAAUUGCUAAGUCUAACCCAAUUGUCCCAUAUUACUUGAUCUCGUAUCAGAUUUUGAGGGACCAAUUUGAACGCAGUUCCAUUCACGAAGGUUUCUUAUCUACAUAUGGUUUGAAUGAUAUUGGCUUCGAUACAGCCAAAGUCACUUAUUCUGGUAGAAGUAGUCUGCUUGCCGCUGAUAAACUUACCGACUUGCGUGUCCAUCGAGGAUAACAUCAACUUUGUCCGAGACUAACGGACCUUUUAUGUGAAUUCCUGUAAUGUUAUUCGUUUUAAAUUACUUUGUACUUACAAAUGAAUAUAGUAGCUCAGAGUUUUUCUUUAUGGCUCUUUUUGUCCAUGCGUAUUUCCAAUCAGACUUUUUUAGCAUGAAUUAUGAUUUUUUUCUCGUGAACUUUUGUAACAGCUGGAUUGCCUGUCUUUGACUCCGUAAUUGAGAUCUUAAUGUUACAUCGUAAUAUGCUGUGAGGAUUCUCUUCAAUUCCUUUAAGUUUUCUAUUCUUUUAGUUGAAUCCUUUAAAGUACACUUGGCCUCCAAGACAUUUAUUUUUCAUGAUUCGUAUACUUUCCUUUAAAUCGAGUGCUUUUAAAAUAUUGAUCUUAAGAUCUUAGUUUUCUACAUAAGCUAUACCGCACUGUUAACAUUGGGAUUCAAUGUAGGAGGGAUGCCAACUUGUGUAUGCAAUGCGGAGACGCCUUGAAUUUAUGCAUUCUGCUGUUCAAGUGACGAACCUUGAAUCCAGCAGAAGCCUAUGCAACAUUGAUGAGAGGAUCCUAAAAGCUGAGUCUCCUUCAGGCUCUUUAGACCUGGAAACGCGAAAUGCAUCACACAAUGAAUCAGUUGGAGCCUCUGACAACGUGCUUGCCUACUUUUCACCUGAUUUAUCUCACUUUCAGAAAGAUCCCGACUCUUCUGCGCAUGCUUUGUGCAAACCACCUUUCUGUAAGCAUCAAACUGCAGAAGCCAAUGCGGAUAGGUUUGAUUUGUCAAUUCAGAAGAAUGGAAGCUCCUCUGCAACGGAUCCGAGACCAGCUGGUAUUGGCUUACAUUUAAAUAGCGUUGGAAAUGCUCUUGCUAAGGAUUGCAACGUAAACACGCAAUUAGUGGACAGAGAUUUAGGGAAAGAUUCCUUGACUUCACAGUUGGAAAAGGGACUUUGUUCCAGUGAUCAGAAUAUGAUUGACUCUAAAGGUUGCUCAACUUCUAUGACCUUAACGAGCAAUGUUUCCGUUCAGACAGAUGUGAAUUCUCAUUCUGCUUUGGUUUGUAGUUCUAUUGAUAAAAGUGAACACGAUCAACAAAAGAAUCUGGAUAUUACAGUGUCGAACUACUCUCUUAGCCUGCAAUACACACUGAUAGUAAAUCCUUUGAAAACCUGCCUGCCACCAACGUUUGUUAGCCAAGUCGCUGCUCCUUCUAGCGUGAAAAGGGAUCCCGAAGGUUCUUGGAGAUCCGAGGAUUUAAAUGAGAUGAGCCCCAAGAAGAAAAGGUAAUUUUUUUCUAUUCAUUUUUCAAGUUUGACAUCUUCAUUUUUUCACUUGCAUUAUGUCUUAAUUCAUGCUCCGCAGUAAAAAAUCACCUGAGAAUGAUGGCUGCAAACGCUGCAAUUGCAAGAAAUCGAAAUGCUUGAAGUUGUAAGUUUUCUCUGAGCUAGGAAAUGGACAUGCACCUUUUUCAAUGUUUCACUUAUCCCCUAAUUGAUUGGGAAACGUUUCGCUUUCCAGGUAUUGUGACUGUUUUGCUGCGGGAAUGUAUUGCACUGAUACUUGCGCCUGCCAAGGGUGUUUGAACCGUCCAGACUAUGAAGAUACUGUCUUGGAAACUCGGCAACAGAUAGAGACUCGUAAUCCGCUAGCAUUUGCUCCCAAAGUCGUAGUUCAUGAUGCUGCAGCAUCAAGAGUCAGUGGGGUAAGUGUUCCUGUCAGCAGUUGACAUAAAUAUGAAGAACUAUAGUGGCCUAACUUUGACCUAUCAGGAUGAUGACAAACACACUCCUGCAUCUGCCAGACAUAAAAGAGGAUGCAACUGCAAGAGAUCUCAGUGUCUGAAAAAAUACUGUGAAUGCUUUCAGGUUUUUUUCUUCAAUUGCAUCAUUAAUUGCCUUUUCUUAUAUCCUACAUUUGACAUACUCUGACUACCGGUUACAACUUGUCUUAAAGUCCAAAGUUGGGUGUUCUUUGGGAUGCCGGUGUGAAGGAUGCAAAAACAGCUAUGGCACAAAAGAUGGUAUGUAAUUUCUAAUAUUAUGGAUAUAGGUUCUUUGUCGUUAAUUUGACUUAAAUUAUUUCUUUUUAUAUGCCCUAAGUUCAUGGGAUAAUUUUUGUCCAAUCUUGAUCAUAAAAUCUUUCGAAACUCUUUCUCUACUUCUAGAUGAUAUGAGCAUUCAAAAUGCCUUCGAUUCCUUUAAAGGUUUGAAGUGCAAGCACAUGUGCUCAAUGUUCUUGGGGUAUUAAUUUUUUUCUUUUUUUUGGAGUUCAUAGUACCACGAAUCAGUUAUGAGGUUUAUUGUUAUCUCUCGAAAAACUCACAACACCAAGAUAUCUAGAAGUUGGAGACAAAUUCUGUUACCGUUGCUCUCAAGAUAGAAAAGUCACCUUAUCACAAGAUACUCUUGUUUGAUUUUUCUUUACCUUUACAAGAUAUCUAAGGGCGAACUCCAAUUAAGCAAUGCGCAUAAGAAAUAUGGCAGUAUCCGGUGUCUUCUUUGAGAAGGUUUCUUGCAAGACCUUGAUGGUAAUGCCUACCGAUCACAGGAUGGUCAAAAGACUUGAUCAUUGUGGCGCCAGAGCUAAUUGCUAUACUUGGAAUCACCUGAAAUUUUUCAUGAUAGGAAAAGCUCCCACACCAUCCGUCUGUCGAAAAUGUCCUUAGACUAUUCCUCAAACGAAAUUACCGCCAGCCAACACUACGUACUGAACUUGCAGAAUGGAUCUCAACAUUUUAGAAUUAUUUAGGUUAAUCAUAGGUUGUCGUCUCUAAAGUCGCUUUCACUUUUUAGUGCUUCGAGUCAAUAAUCUCUAACCAUAACCUCCUUAUUCCUCCCAAUUGACCGUAUGCUAAUCUGUGUCUAACAUUAUUCUAAAUUGAAUAAUCUCUAAUUAUUUUGGUGCACUUUUAUGGUUUGAAGUAAAGAGAAAUAGUAGAUCUACAAGCUGGAAAGCCAGUCUUACUAAGCACUGGCAAAUUUACUGUUCUAUUGUCUUUAAUCUGCCUUCAGAUUCAGGCUUUAGUUUCUACUGACCCCAAGAAGAAUGUUACAGGUAAUGAGAUUUAA